AUGUCGAUGGAAAAACUCUAUCGGGAUGCAGUGAAAAAAGGUAUUCCUGGCGUCACGCGUGAAACAGUCAAGACGUGGUUGCAAACACAAAAUACGUUCAUCGUUCACAAACCGACGCGAGUUCAUUUUAAAACGCAACGUACGUACGUCGACGGACUUGCCCAACAAUUACAGUUGGAUUUAGUAGAUAUGCAAACGUACAGUCGUGCGAAUAAAGGUUUCAAAUGGAUUUUAACAUCCAUUGAAAUUUUAAGCCGAUACGCGUUUGCUGUUCCCGCCUACCGAAAAGGAGCGGAAGACAUGGUACCGGCCGUCGAAAAAAUCCUGGAACAAUUUCGGGAAAGAUUCGGACGAUAUCCAAAAGUCGUUCAGUUUGACGAAGGAAAAGAAUUUUACAAUAAUGGGGUCAAGGGGUUAUUGGAGAAACACGACAUUCAUUAUUUUUCAAUGCGACUGACUGGAAAAAAGCAGCAGUCGUCGAAAGAUUUAACAGGACGUUAA